GGAGAAAGAGAUGUCAUCAUAAUGCGACAUGAUGUUGGAAUAGAAUGGCCAGAUCUUACCAAGGAAGUCAAGCAAAUAGACCUGGUUGUGUAUGGAGAUCCGGAGGGUUACACAGCAAUGGCCAAGACAGUUGGCCUACCAACUGGAAUUGCUGCUAGGAUGAUACUAGAUGGUGAAAUCCAACAGAAGGGUAUGCUCCGUCCUCUAAAUGUGAGCAUGUACAGACCAAUGCUCAAGAGACUGCAACAGGAGGGUAUUGUUGCCAGGGAAACCAGUAAAGUUGUUGACGGAGGAAGUUUGAAUGAUUUGCUGGUUUCUAGCUUCUCUUAGAUAUAACAUCACGUAAGAUUUUUUUCUCCUUGGAGAUGAAUAAGACAGUGUUGUUAGAUUUGGAAAUAUAGCAAGACACUGAACUUUGAAAAGAAAAUAAAGAAGUCCUUUUCAUUGAGGUAGGUUCUACCAGGAAUUUGUUAAUUUUGCAUUUAAUCAUCAUGAUUACUGUAGAUGGAGAAUAUGCCAGUAACUGUUGGACAAGUGGUGUGUGGGCAUUCAUACUAGCAUGUGGCCCUUCAUAAAGGAUGUAUUUCUAGCCCUCAAGUAUAUUAAGCUUUUGAUAGUUCCGUACCUUUAUAUCUCUACCAGUUGAGCAAAGUUUACAGAUGGAUAUUAAUAUAAACAAGAGAACAAGAUCUGAGUAUAACUGUUGGUAGUUAUAUUUAAGAGUUAGCUAAUACUUUUAAAAAAUAUCAUUAUUUUAUAGUG